AUGGCUACUAAUUGCUCCUGUCCUAUGGUCUCAGGUCUCUUCCAGUGCACCAACAAGUUCUUUCAUAGUGAUAAGGCCACAGGACUCCGAAUCAAGGAGUUUGCUCGAAGAAAUGCUGCAAACGCAUUAUCAGUUGCCAACAUGAUCAUGGGCUUGGCAUCCAUCCUCAGCAGUCUUGAUGGGCACCAUCACACAGCAUGUUGGCUGCUUCUGAUUGGUUAUCUUCUGGAUUUAGCAGAUGGAGCUGUUGCCAGGCGACUUGACGCCUGCUCUGCCCUUGGCGCAAAGCUGGAUGACUUUGCCGAUUUUACAACAUUUGGGAUUGCCACAUCCCUGCUCCUGAGGACAUCUGGGAUGCUGGAUAACAUCCUCUGCAUAUGUUACGCCCUCUCAGUUUUUGUUCGACUCUGUUUCUUCUCAAGUGGUAUCCCGUUCAUGUAUCUUGGCCUACCCUGCAUCUACGCAUCGGCCAUCCUAGCCUGUGCCUCCAUGCUGUCGGGUGGCAACGCGGCUAUGCUGCGAGUCAUUGCUGUGGCCAUGAUCCUCUUCAUGAUUAGCCACAGUUUCUACCCACAUGACAGAGUGUUGGAGUCCCAAGCCUGGAAAAAAGCUGUCUACGCAGGGGGUGUGGUAAUGCUGUUCUGCUCAUUCUUCCCCCCAGCUUGUGUGUACUACCUACUGUGGUCUGUCUCCUAUAUUUUGUUCCCAACAUCCCUUUGGAGCAGUGAAGUUUAA